GAAACUGUAGAUCCCUCAGGUAUCAUAGACACAUAUAUCAUUAAAGUUAGAGAUUCCUGGAUCAACGGUUACUCAACAGCUGUUAGCAAUAUAAUGGCUUACGACCCACGUAAUAUAAAAUAUUCACCAAAUACUCACGCCAAUCAGCACACUAGACCCAGCAUGACUGGAUACGCCUAUUCAGGCCAUCCACCGCAGCAUUUUCAGCAAACUGAUGAAAAUAGAAACGAGAAUAACUUGUGCGCUACUAAAGAGAUUUGCUCACAAAUCUCGCAACAAUCAUCCAGCACUCAGACUGUACAGAAAGUGGAUGCUGCAACGAUGACAGAUCCUCUACAGAUCGACUUUAGACUCACCUCUGAAUACUUGGCACGUUGUUCUAGUACGUUAGGUCUGCCAUAUGUAACUAAAUACGAGGACAACAGCAAUAAUUCUUCACACAAUUGUCAAGAGAUAAGACCAAAAAUUGAAUUUGAGAUUGAACCACAACAUAUUAACGGUAUGCUGAUUUAUCAUUGCCCCGAGUGCGCAUAUAGAUUUGAAGAUCGAGAAGCACUCCACGAACACCUCGAAGAUCAUAAACAGAGACCACAUAUCUGUGAUAUUUGCGGGGCAAGUUUGAAACGAAAGGAACACUUAGAUCGCCAUAAGCAAGGUCAUAAUAAGGACAGGCCUUAUCAAUGUAAUAUGUGUUGUAAAUCAUUCAAGCGUAACGAACACUUAGCGCGCCACAUGAUCACUCACUCAGGUAGCAAAAAUCAAAUUUGUACAGAGUGUGGUAAAGCCUUUUAUAGAAAAGACCAUUUAAAGAAGCAUCUGCAGAGUCAUAAUAGCGGUCGGGGUAAGCAUUUAAGUGGCUCGCAGAACAAUCAGAACGACCAGCAGCCGAACGACGAAGGAUUGAGCAGUUUUGCAAUGAUGAUGAGACAGGCUGGGCCUCCUCCGUUUUCUAUUUUGCGGACUUAGUUAUUACGCUACGACGACGCUGUAACAUAAAUCCUUAUCUUCGCCUAUGAAGCGCAAGACUAUUUGGACAAGUUAGGUCCGUAAGAUUUAAUACGAAUGAGCUUUACCUAAUAUACCUAUGCGGAGUAAUCGAGAAUCAUUGUUAAUAAUGUAAGAACCCAUGUUCCUAAGGGAGUAUAUCUUAUUGCUAUGUAUUUUGUCAACAACAUUAGAGGCGAGCUGAGGGAUAACGUUAUUACGUCAAUUUUGUAAUAUUCUUUAUAAUACACUACGCGUAGAAGGUUGUCUAUACAUAUAUAUAUAUAUAUAUAUAUUAAGACUGUACCUGUUUGGUUUUUCUUUUUCUUUUCUUUUUUUUUCAUUUUUUCUUGUGCAAGUAGAAUGAGUUUUUGCGUUGAACAUAUAGUUUUACAUGGUUUUCAUUAUUUACGUACUCUCAUGCGCAUAGACUCGUAUAAUGAACAUAUAUGCACGAGCAAAAAAAAGGAGUCCCCCUGUAAAUCGCGCAUAUCUAACUGAAAUUUGAGAAAAAGAUUGUAAGAAAAAAAAAGACGAAACGUAGCUCCCCAACUGGACUUUAAGAAACUUUAAGAAACAAAAAGAAGCUUAAAUAUUUAGAUUAUAUGUAACUACAUUCAAUAUGACAUGAGCAUGUGUGGAUAUAUAUGCACGUGAUGAUCGUUAAUUGUUUACAUAGCGAUGUUGAGUAAUGACUGAUGAAAUUGUCUAUCUUAUUAAUUGUACAGUGUACAGUCAAAUAAUACACGCAAUUUCCGUUUUAUUUCAAAUGUAUCAUUACCCUACGAAGUAAAAGAAAACAAAAAAGGUUUUAAAAACGACUCUCAACGACGCUAGUUUUUUCGCUUAUUUCCGUCGCUACUUGCGUUUGAGAUCAAGGAUGUCGGGACAGUGUAGGUUUCAUCGAGCGAAAGAUUAAUUAGCGUAACCAAUAUAAGAUGCUAAUAUUGUAUAAAUAAAAACCUGCAAUUCUUUUACAUUGUGAAUGAUUGAGCGUCUCUGUCGGCGUGACGAAUUCAUAAGGUAACUUUGCAUGAGGAUUAAUAGGAGCGCGUUAACAUAGCGACACUGCGACUAUAGCGAGAUUUAGGAAUUGUUAGUUACGAAGUAAGAAGGAGCCGAGUCAUCCACGUGAAUUCGCCGAUGCAUAUCUGUAGAUAAGAAGAUUGAUUGUUACUCGAGAGGAGGACGGUUUAUCGCUGAAGAAUUUCACGUGUAUGCGAGGUCAUGUUGAUGCAUCGCGAGAUCCUGAAGCCCAGCCCCUGUUGAUUUUGGAAAAGACACAUUCGGACGACACAGUUUUGUUCCCCGAAAAAAAAAGAACCGCAG